AUGGCUGAUUGUGCAAGUGAUGAUGAAAUGGAAUUACAAACAUCUAUAAUAUUACGAGCAAAUGUUAUUUUUAUGUCAACUUUGGCGAUUCUCACUUUUUAUCUAUCUUAUAAAGCAUUUAUGAUUCUAAAAGUCGGAUCAAUUUUUCAUAGUUCAACAAGGAUUUUACUAUUCACUGGUCUCGGUUUUGUCAAUUUUCAUGAAUUAGCAUUUUUCUAUCUGCAGGUAAGAAAAAAUCUACAGUAAUCAAAACUAGAAAAACCUUGAUUAUGUAUUUUCAGAUAAUAACAAUCUAUCGAAGUUUCACAUUGUCGGAAAGACCAUGUGAAAUAAUGAGAACAACCAAAGAAUGUCGAGCACAGAAUCAUUCGCUUAUUUUUGGCUUGGCUGGAAUAACUUUUACACAAUCAGCGCUGAGUUUAGAGCGACUUAUUGCAACUAUAAUUCCGGAAAAAUAUUCGAAGCUGAAAAAAUGGCCAGGAAUUGUCUUAUCGAUUAUUGCGGUAUGUUUUUUUUUAUUUCCAGUCAAAUUUCGAAUUCAUUUUUUCAGAUUUUGUGUAGUUUAUCAGCUCCAUUCAUAAUUGUGUGGAAUGAUCCAUUUGAGGAUACAGUUCCAAAUUGUUUUUUCUUUCCUGCUCAAUCAAGAUUUCGAGCAAAUGUUUUUCUAAUGACUCUAACUGGUUUCGUAUUUUUCAGCAUUUUUCUAAAUCUCAUAAUUAUUUCGGUCAACAAAAGUUCGGAACUUAGCACCAGAUUUUUAGUGGAACAAAGAUAUCAAAAACGAGAAGCACUUAUUUCAACAAGGAUUGUUUGCUAUAUUGCAAUUGCACAAUUUUUCGCGCUGGCUUUUUAUUCUUGCAGUGUUUUGGCUCUUCGUUUAAUGAAAGAUCAAAUUCCAAGAGCGUAUUAUCAUAAUAUUGUCUGGUGGGCUUAUGUAAGCUUUUCUUUUUUAUCCAUUUUAAAUAUAAAAAUGAUAUUUUCCAGACAGUUCCGUUUGCUGCCGUCGCUCUUCCAGCUCUUUUAAUUUAUAGAAUAAAUCAAAGCGGACGUUGGCGGAAAAAAGUAAUUAAUAAAAUAACAAAUAUGACUGAAACCCAAGAAGAACAUAUGGAAUCAUUGAAACAACUUUGGGGAUAA